AUGACAGAGAGCACGGCUCCAAUAGAAUACUCCAAGCAUCCCUGGGCUUCAAAUCCUAGCCUGGAAGAAAACGAAGGAGAAAACGAGGGCAACAAUGUUGACCAAACAAUUCGCAGGCUGGCAAGCCGUGUCUCACGCCACACUGUGUGCUCGGAAGUGACCAAGCCCUGCAAUGAUGUUUUCCAUCCUGUCCCCGGUUCAAAUCUUGACCCACAAUCCUCCACCUUCAACACUCGCGCUUGGGUAGAAGCACUCCUUCGAUACGAGAGCGACAAUCCUGACUCAGGACGGCGACGGAAGUCCGGAGUCUCCUUCCGUGGUCUUGAUGUAUAUGGAUUCGGCAUGUCCACCGACUACCAGAAAAGCGUGGGCAACGGCAUCCUCUCGCUGAUGAAGCAGCGGCGCAAACGAAGAAUCGAUAUCCUCCACGGGUUCGAGGGGCUGGUGAACGCUGGCGAGAUGCUUUUGGUGCUUGGGCCUCCAGGCUCAGGGUGUUCGACUAUUCUUAAGACGAUUGCUGGGCAGAUGGAAGGGUUGUUCUUGGGCGACAAGGUCAUGAUGAAUUAUCGAGGUAUGUAUGGCAGCAUCCCGGACUCACUCACUAGAGAUCUCGAAAACACCUGCUUACUUAUUUUCCUGCGACUAGGCGUAUCCAGCAAAGAGAUGCACACUUACUUCCGGGGAGAGGCUAUUUUCGCCGGUGAGAACGAUGUGCAUUUCCCUAUGCUAUCUGUCGGGGACACGCUGUCUUUUGCAGCCCAUGCCAGAGCACCGCGCGAGUUGCCUGCCGGGCUGAAGACCCAGGAAUUCUCCACGCUUAUGCGGGACGUCAUCAUGGCCAUGUUUGGCAUCUCGCACACGGCGGCUACCGUGGUAGGCAAUGACUUCAUCCGGGGAAUUAGUGGAGGUGAACGGAAACGUGUUAGUAUCGCUGAAGCAGUCUUAAGCGAUGCUGCGUUACAAUGCUGGGAUAACAGUACGCGCGGAUUGGAUAGCGCCAAUGCCGUGGAAUUCUGUCGAACGCUUCGCACGGCCACCGAACUUUUACAAUCCACAGUUCUGGUUUCCCUCUAUCAAGCACCUCAAGAAGCAUAUGAUCUCACCACGGGAAAGCUUUUUGACAAGGUCACGGUCCUGUAUGAAGGACGCCAGGUCUUCUUCGGAAACACAUUUGAAGGACGGGCAUAUUUUGAAGAGUUGGGUUUUGAGUGCCCCAAGCGACAGACAACACCCGAUUUCCUCACCUCAAUGACAAGCCCGAAGGAACGUCUCAUUCGUCAAGGCUAUGAAGAUAAAGCCCCGCGCACAGCAACAGAAUUCGAGGAAAGAUGGAAGAAAAGCCGCCAGCACCAGGAACUGAUGCUUGAAAUUGAGGCGUACGAAAAUAAAUUUACCCUUGGGGGCGAAUUUCUGGAGGAGUUCGCGGCAUCGCGUAAGGCGCAACAGGCAAGCGGCCAAACAAUCAAAUCCCCAUAUACGCUGUCGUACAUGCAACAGACAUCCCUGUGUCUUUGGCGCGGGUGGAAGCGCCUGCUUGCGGAUCCUUCCUUGACGUAUAUCCAGCUCGGAGGCAAUUCUAUCAUGGCUCUGGUCUUGGGCAGCGUCUUCUUCAAUCUACAUAACGACACGAACAGUUUCUAUGGACGAGGGGGGUUGAUAUUUUUCGCUCUGUUGUUGAGCGCCUUUGCUAGUGUUCUUGAGAUAUUGACGCUCUACGAGCAGCGGCCAAUUAUAGAGAAACACAAUCGUUAUGCUCUCUACCACCCGUCUGCUGAGGCUGUGGCGAGCAUGAUGACUGACAUUCCAUACAAAGUGCUCAACACGUUGUGCUUCAACCUCACGUUGUAUCUUAUGGCAAACCUUCGGCGAGAAGCUGGGCCAAUAUUCUUUUUCCUUUUUGUUGCUUUCCUCAGCACAAUGGUGACAUCCAGCCUGUUCCGAACAAUUGCAUCCGUGUCACGUACCAUGUCACAGGCGAUGGUACCGGCCGCUUUACUAGUCCUAGGCCUAAUCAUGUACACCGGCUUCACGAUGCCAACCAUGUACAUGCCUGGAUGGUCACGGUGGAUGGCCUAUAUUAACCCGCUCAGUUACGCAUUCGAGUCUCUGAUGAUCAACGAGUUCCACGAACGCGAUUUUGCGUGCUCGGUAAUCAUCCCCUCAGGACCAGACUACAGCGCUGUAGGCAUUAAUAACCGAGCCUGUGCGGAGGUUGGAAACACACUCGGCUCAACAACAAUCCAGGGAGACAUAUACAUCAACGACAAGUUCCAAUAUUACCAUUCCAACAAAUGGCGUAAUGUGGGAAUCCUCAUAGCCUUCUGGGUCGUCCUCACAAUUAUUUACCUGGGAGCGACUGAGCUUCUCAGCAUGGCUAAGAGCAAAGGAGAAGUUCUCAUCUUCCGUCGCAGCCAUUUUGUUAAAAAUGAAUCCACACUCCGAAUGGCCGAGGCCGACGACGAAGAGGCCCUCGCGACCGAAAUGGCGACAAUGACCCAGUCAGCCGCGACAGACGAGACACAAAUUGAUCCCAGUGAGGGCCAGAUCUUCCAGUGGGAGGACGUAUGUUACGAUAUCAAGAAUAAAGGAGAGGUCCAACGUAUCCUUGAUCACGUUGAUGGAUGGGUUCAACCUGGAACCUUGACCGUUUUGAUGGGCGUCUCAGGAGCCGGUAAAACAACUCUCCUCAACGUUCUCGCCAACCGCACCACGACCGGUGUCGUCACCGGCACCAUGCUAGUCGCCGCUAUGGCCACUGAUGACUCCUUCCAGAGGAAAACAGGCUACGUGCAGCAGCAGGAUGUCCAUCUCUCAACCUGCAGUGUGCGCGAGUCACUCGAGUUUAGUGCAUUUCUCCGCCAGCCGACAAGCGUGUCACGGGAUGAGAAACUCGCUUACGUGGACGAAGUGAUCAGGCUCCUCGAGAUGGAAGAGUACGCGGAUGCCAUUGUUGGCAUCCCUGGUGAAGGACUAAACAUAGAGCAGCGCAGACGUCUUACUAUUGGAAUCGAGCUGGCUGCUAAGCCUGAGUUGCUUCUGUUUCUGGAUGAACCGACUUCCGGACUAGACUCGCAGACCUCGUGGGCGAUUUGCCAGCUGCUAAAACGACUUGCACGUAGUGGCCAGGCAAUUCUGUGCACGAUUCACCAGCCGUCUGCUAUGCUGUUCCAAGAAUUUGACAGUUUGCUGCUUCUCGCGAAAGGCGGCAAAACUGUGUACUUCGGAGAAAUCGGCGAAAACUCUGCUACUCUGAUACGGUAUCUGGAAUCCAAUGGAGCAAGGGGGUGUCCUCCUGGCGCCAAUCCGGCCGAGUGGAUGUUAACGGUUAUCGGUGCGGCACCCGGAUCUCAAACUACUUUGGACUGGCCCAGGGUUUGGCAAGACUCGCAUGAGUAUCAGGCUGUCAAGGCAAAAUUGCACGAAAUCCGAACUUCAAGGAUUAAUACAGGGGGUAGCCUGCAAACGCAGCCUUCCGGUCAGUCCAACAGCAAGUCUUAUGCCGCACCUAUUUUACAUCAGUGGUGGGUCGUACAGAAACGUGUUGCAGCGCAAUACUGGCGAACGCCGUCCUAUAUCUAUUCCAAGAUUGCUCUCACGGUGGCCUCGGCUUUAUUUAUCGGCUUCAGCUUUUACAAUGCGCGAAAUACUAUCCAAGGGCUCCAGAACCAGAUGUACGCCGUUAUGAUGCUAUUAAGUAUGUUCGGGCAGCUCAGCGAGCAGAUCAUGCCUCAGUUUAUCAACCAGCGGGAGGUUUACGAAGCGCGCGAGAGGGCAUCUAAAAUAUAUGAUUGGAAAGUCUUUAUGCUGAGUAAUCUCACGAUCGAGAUCUUCUGGAACACAUGUAUGGCCUUGGUAGCCUACUUGUGCUGGUACUAUCCUAUCGGACUUUACCAGAACGCUGAUCUCACACACGAUGCUACAUCGCGUGGGGGUCUUGCAUUCCUGUUUAUCUGGGCCUUUAUGAUGUUCACCAGUACCUUUACGCACAUCCUUGUUGCUGGAAUUGACAGUGCCGACUCGGCUGGAAGUGUCGGGAACAUCUGUUAUAUGCUCUGUAUAACUUUUUGCGGCAUUCUCGUCAAAAAGGCUUCCCUACCAGGAUUUUGGACAUUCAUGUACUACGUCUCCCCGUUCACGUGGCUCGCCUCCGGCCUUCUUUCUACCGGUGUAGCAAACACAGCAAUUGUCUGUGCAUCGAAUGAAUAUGUCAAGUUUCUCCCGCCGGCAGGUGAGUCGUGUGGCUCGUACAUGGCCUCCUACAUCUCUUCAUCAGGUGGGUACUUGAUCGAUGUAAAAAACACCGAGUACUGUGAAUUUUGUCAACUGAGCAAUACGAACGAGUAUCUCAGCACGGUCAAUAUUCGAUUCGAGGACCGAUGGAGGAAUUUUGGCAUUGUCCUGGUUUAUAUUGUGGUUAAUGCCGCGGGGGCUUUGGGUGUAUAUUGGCUGGUUCGGGUGCGGAAACGAGGGGGGAGCUUGGAGAAACCGAAGGGAGAACACAAGAAACGAGGGGGAGGAUAUGCAAAUAAAAAUUGCAAUCUAUAG